AGCACAGAUUUUAAAUAGCAGUUUAGAAACAAGAUGUUCCCAAGGACUUUCACUUCUAACAUUUAAAUGCGUAGCAUUCUGGGAUUUUACUGAAGUUUUAAUGCAACAAUUGCUUGUUAAAAUACUGUCUUUAAGUGAAAAACCCCAGGAGUCACUCAAAUGUUACAACUCUAGCCUUAGAGCAGAAUUGUCAAGAAGGCAAAACCAACUUGGCCCUGUUUGUUUGUGCUGGUGUUAACCCAACCCAAUGAGUGUAGAUCAAGGCUGGGAGGUUGAGAAGAGGGCAUCAGUCUUGGGUGGUUCUGGCACCUUUUUAUGUCUCUAGCAAUUUCUUGUCUAAACAGUGUACCUGGGUGACCACACUGCAAACCAUAGGAACUUGACUUCAGGGGAUAUUUUUGAAAGCUCAGUUUUGCUUAUGUUUGAAACACCGAAGUAUAACAGAGAAAAAGUUUUUAGCUUUAUAUCAUUGUGGCAAAGAAAUAAGUGCUAGGUCUGAUCAGUGUAACUGCAGACAGUAUUUCUGUUUAUGAAAACCCAAGUUAUUUGAGCUUCAGGAUAAAACAUCUCAAAUGGAAACAGGGGGUACUUUAAAAUAGAGAUCCUUUUCAUGACAAUAGACUUCCUCGAGCUGCAUGUUCACAGUGUCCAGGUGAUCGCUAAGGUUUCUAAAUCUCUUUCUUUUGUGUGUGUGCAUUGUGAUGCUGUGUGGUUUCCUGGCUUGUAGCAAGACAAGCUUGUGACAAUGAAGCACUUUUUCUGUGGCAUUGUGCAGGAUAGCAUUCUCUUUUUGUUUUCCAAGAUGUUUGGGUUAAUUUUUAGAAGUUACACAACAUUGACAAAUGCCCAGAUCAUUAUUUAAAAAAACAAAGUGUGAGGGGAGCACUAAGAAAGAACUUUGCUAAAUGUUUUUUGAUUAAAUGAUUUUCUCUGUUGGGAUAAUAAACUAAUUAUUUAGUAGCAGCUAUAUGUGCUGCUCCUCCAUGCUUUUAAAUUACGAGCAGGCACCAAUGAUUAGAUUUAUUAAUUAAAAUAUCAAUGCAAUCACUAGCUGCAGCUUUUUCUUUUUUUUUUUUCCAGAGAAAAAUACCCUGUCACUUCUUUAUGAAACACUUUCUCUUGCUGUGAUCUCUCUAUAUUAUCAUUUGCUUUGAGGAUCUUAUGUUACAGUUCUUACCAACAAACUGGUAUUUCAAGAAUCCAGAAAUACAUUUUAUUUAAAAGCAAACCGAUGACUGAAGUUUCAUUUUAUCCCACUUCAUUCUUUUCCACUGGAGAAGGUACUGCAGUGCUGUAAAAUACUGGGAAACGCAAUUGUAAUUUCCAUCUCGGUUUUGUCGCGGCAGAAACGUGUCGGUGGCUACGAGCCUGGCAAUCAGAAAUACGUGUGUGAGAUUCCUGGAUGCUCGCUGCCAAUGAAACAGCUCCGAGAAGCGGCCGGGUGGAGCAGGAUGUUCUCCAGGAUAUCCAGGCGGGACGGAGCUCAACUCGAUGGUUCGGCGCGGGCGGCGGGGCGCUCUGGGCGGCCGCGCCGCACUCUAUGGUGCGAUGGGAGGAGCGGCGGGGCACGGCGGGCGGCUCCGGCCCGGCGGUCCUGGAGCCUUCGGCGAGCACCAUGUCGCCUCCGAAAGAAAAUGUCAGCUUACUGUUCAAGCUGUACUGCCUCAUGGUGAUGACCCUGGUUGCUGCCACGUACACGGUGGCACUGCGGUACACCAGGACAGUGGAGACAGAACUCUACUUUUCAACGACGGCUGUGUGUGUCACUGAAGUUAUCAAGUUGUUCCUGAGCGUGGGCAUCCUGGCUAAAGAAACCGGAAGUCUCACAAGGUUAAUAACAUCUUUAAAAGAAAAUGUAUUUGGAAGUCCUAAAGAAUUGUUAAAAUUAAGUGUUCCAUCUGUGGUGUACGCUCUCCAAAAUAACAUGGCCUUCGUGGCUCUUAGCAACUUGGAUGCUGCAGUCUACCAGGUGACAUACCAGUUGAAGAUCCCUUGUACAGCUUUAUGUACGGUCCUGAUGCUGAACCGUACCCUUAGUAAGUUGCAGUGGUUCUCUGUCUUCAUGCUAUGUGGUGGUGUUACCCUUGUUCAGUGGGAGCCUGCUCAGGCUACAAAAGUACAGGUGGAGCAGAACCCAUGGCUAGGGUUUGGAGCGAUUGCUGUGGCAGUGCUGUGUUCAGGAUUUGCAGGAGUUUAUUUUGAAAAGGUGUUAAAGAGUUCAGAUACUUCCUUGUGGGUGAGGAACAUUCAGCUGUACUUAUCUGGGAUUGUGGUGAAUUUAUUUGUUGUGUACAUGUCAGAUGGAGCCAAAGUUCUUGAGAAAGGGUUUUUCUAUGGCUACACAUACUACGUCUGGUUUGUUGUCUUUCUGGCCAGCGUGGGUGGCAUCUACACCUCGGUGGUUGUUAAGUACACAGAUAACAUCAUGAAAGGCUUUUCUGCAGCGGCAGCCAUUGUUCUCUCUACAGUGGCAUCAUACACCCUCUUUGGCCUCCAGAUAACUGUUACCUUCUCCCUGGGUGCUUUCCUGGUGUGUAUUUCUAUUUACCUCUAUGGAUUACCUCGACAAGACACCACAAAAAUCCAGCCCUCAGAGACUAAAAGCUCAAAAGAGAGACUUGCUACUGUGUGAUGUUGUCCAUAAAAAUGGACAGAUGGACAAGAGAAAACACAAACUUUAAAAAAAACUGUAUUUUUUUUCCAAAAUUAGCCUUAAGCUAGUCAUGAAAUGGUUUAAGUGGGAUAGACUAAAAGCAGAAGUUAGUUCUGUCUUACCUGUGUUGUUUCCAGCGGCUGACACUGAGGCUACACUGCAGCUGAGGAGCUGGCUGGGUAUUUUAUGGAAGGUAUUCUUCAUUCACAUCGUCAAUGAAGAGUCUCAUUUACAAGGAAAACCCAAUGAAGGAACUGAUCACUCAAUUGUAUAUAAUGUAUAUAAUAGAGAUAAAUCGGUUCUUUGUGUAUUUGAUAAACUGUCUUGCUCUUUGAGGGCAGAAAUGCCUGAAAGCUUUGUAAAAAAAAAAAACUAUUAAAAAAGCAACAACUGCCAGAA